AUGUUGUCUCCAUGCGAUUCAACUUGUGAUGAACCAGAUCCAAAGGUUCUUAUUGCUCUUCUUGCUCUCAUUGGAUGCUCCGUUUAUGCUCAAAAUGCCCAGAUUUUACCUGCUGGAAAUCAAGGAACCCAAGGAAAUAUGGGUAACCAGGGAAACAUGGGUAACCAAGGAAACAUGGGAAAUCAAGGAAUGAUCGGAAACCGGUGUUUCGGAAGAAACGAAGAGAGAAAACAGUGUGGAACUGCCUGUGAACCAUCCUGUAACAACCGUAACCCAAUUUGCACCAAACAAUGUGUCAACAACGUAUGCCAAUGUCGCAGUGGGUACGUCCGCCACUCAAUCACCAGACAAUGUGUUCAACCUUCUCAAUGCAAUAACAACAAUAACACAUCUACCUCCCAAUCUCCUCAACGUUGCCGAGCUAACGAGACAUUCAGAACUUGUGGAACCGCCUGUGAACCAACUUGCCAGAACCCAAACCCACAGGCGUGUACUAUGCAAUGUAUUCCUAACGUCUGUCAAUGUAAUCAAGGAUUCGUCAGAGGACCUUCCGGAUGCAUCAGACGUCAAAACUGCUAA